AUGGGCCAGCAACUGCUCCUCAACUCUGUCUUUCGCAACAAGCUAUCCGAACUAGACCUUGUCUUCCGAAGAGAAGCUGAUUUCUCCAGUAUCGAGGCAUUGCAACAGGGCGAGCUUGGCGGUUCGGACAAGAUACAGAUCCUCACGUACGCAGUGCAUGUUGGGCUAGCGUCGCUCCUGCAAGCGGAGGGUAUCACUCCACAGGCUGUCCUUGGGCAUUCGGUGGGCGAGAUCUCAGCUGCGGUCGUCGCCGGCUGCCUGACUAGUGAGGAAGGUGCGGUGAUCGUCGCACGACGGGCGAAUCUGUAUACACAGGUCCAAGGCCGCGGAGCUAUGGCGUUAGUAGCACUGCCAUUCGAGGAGGUUGCUCUGGAGCUUGGCGGAGGAAGAGAUAUCGUCGCUGCCGUCAAGUCGUCUCCACUGACAUGCGUGGUGAGCGGCACAAAAGGGGAAGUUGGUGCAUAUGUGCAUCAGUUGGAAGAUCGUGGCAUCGAGACCUGGAGAGUCAACACCGAUAUUGC